AGAAGCAAGCAGAGUACAAUACUAAAGAAAAACGAGCCCUAAUAAAGGAAUUAGAUAUUACUUACAAAAAUUUAGCAGGAGAACUAGACUUGAGUGACUUUGUGAAUUUAGAAGAAUUGUAUUGUGAAGUAAAUAAUCUUACCAAUUUAAAUAUUAAUAAUUGUCGAAAUUUACGAAAACUUGAUUGUUGUGUUAAUCAAUUAGUCAAUUUAAACUUAAUUAAUUUAUCAAAUUUAGAAGAAGUUUAUUGCAAUGCUAAUGAACUUAUUAAAUUGGAAUUAAAUAAUUUGCCUAACUUGAAAGUGUUACGAUGUCGAGAUAAUUAUUUAACUAGUCUAAAUUACUCAGUUUUAAAUCUAACCAAGUUAACUGAUUUAAGAAUAAGCAAUAAUAACCUUAAAGAACAAGACUUAGCAGUUUUCAGUAAAUUUACUAAUUUAGAAAGUUUAGUAAUCGGUAAUACUGAUAAAGAUAAAAUUCGGCAAGGUAAAUACAAUAAAUUCACUGGUAGUUUAGAACCUUUAAAAGGUCUAACUAAACUAGAAACUUUAAAUAUUUCUAAUACUGACCUUGAUUUAGGUUUAGAACACCUUCCUAACAACAUCGAAAGAAUUUAUUGUUCUUUUUCCGAAAGACCGGAAAGCCAGAUAAAAGCAUUAGACCUUAGUGAUAAAGGUUUAGAAGGAUUUAUCAACUUGAAAGAUUUAUUUUGUUCAAAUAAUAGACUUACUAAUUUAGACUUAACUGGAUUAAAUCCUGAUAAAUUAAGAUGUUUAUAUAUCGAUAAUAAUCAUCUAUCUAACCAAAAUUUAUCAAUUUUUAGUGAAUUUACUAAUCUGAAUUGGUUACGUUUGGGUAAUGAUAACAAAGAAGGAAAUAAUUGUAAUCAUUUUUUUGGUAAUGUAAAGUUAUUAGAAGACUUAGUUAAAUUAGUUACUUUAGAUCUUAGUAAUUUAAAUUUAGAAGAGGAAACUUAUCCUGAUAGACAAGAAAUAAAAGUAAUUGAAUUUCCAGGCGACAUAGAAUUUGAACAAGCCGGAGAAUUAGUUAUUGAUAAUUAUCCGCAACUAAAAGAAAUAAAAAAAGCAAAACCUCGAGCAGUAGUGAAUAAUAUCACCUCGGUAAAAAUUACUAAUUGUUUACAAUUAGAAUCAAUUGAUAUUAAUGAUUUUCGAGAUAAUCAAAAAUUAGAAAUUAGUGAUUGUCCUAGUUUGAUAGAAUUGGAAUAUUUGAAAGUAUUACAAUGUACUGGCAACCAGUUAACUUCAGUAGACUUUUUAAAUUCAUUGCCUAGCCCUCAAAGACUAAGGACAUUGUUUAUUGGUAGCAACAACAUUCAAAAAACUGAUUUAAAGUUUUUAAGAAGGUUUAUUAAUUUAGAAUACCUUUCUUUAGGAAAUAAUGGUGAAGAAAAAAUUCAAAAAGGAGAAUAUAAUCGUUUUUAUGGUUCUUUGGAACCUUUGAGUGAGAUGUGGAUUUUGGAGUACUUAGACGUCUCUAACACUGACAUCAAUUCUGGUUUUGAACACUUACCUGAACUUGUAGAAGUUAAUAAUUCAUUUCAAGAAAGACCAGAAAGCAAAGUCAGGGAAAUAUUUCAAGAUAGUCUAAAUUAUAAAGAAUUAAAGAAAAAAUAUUAUGAAAAAAGCCAAAAGAGUCAAGAGUGGUUAAAUAAAAAUUAUCCUCAAGAACAAAGGAAUGAAGUUAAAGAAAUUUACCUUAAUGAGCCGAGUUUGGAAGGCGAACUAGAUUUUAAAGAUUUUGGUUGUGAAAAAGGCGUAGAAGUAUUAAUUUCUGCUGAGGUAGAUAAUAAAUUAGUUUUAAAAAACCUAUCAGAAAAAUCUAAGACUAAUAAAUGCGUGAAUGCUCAGGAGUAUAUAAAUAAGCAAUAUCCUACUAAGGAAGAAAGAAAAGAAGUGGCAAAAUUGCUUUUUUUUGGUGAACUAGAAGGAGAAUUAGAUCUCUCUGAUUUCGUUAAUUUAAAAAUAUUAGUUUGUAGCGACAAUAAACUAACUUCUCUUAACCUCAGUAAUUGUCAGCAGUUAGAGAGAAUUAAUUGUGAAAACAAUCUAUUAAUUGGACUAGAUGUUAGAAAUUGCUCUAAUUUAGUUAGACUUAAUGGUCAAGAUAAUUCACUAAUUAGCAUCGCUUUACCUACUAAUCCUACUAAUUUAAAAGCAUUAAAAGACGAAGUGGUUCUAAAAUCCCUUACUGGUUCUCAAAAUAUUACUCUAGAAUUUUUAACCGAGAUUGCUAAUUAUAAACUGGUUGAUGAUAGAUUUAAUAUUGUAGGAUGUUACGGCAUUUCUCAGGACCAUAAGACUAGAAACUACGUUAUGGUUAUGCAAUAUAUGAGUAAUGGCAACUUGCAUCAGUAUUUACAAAAAAUACAAAAAACGAUUGGCAAACUAAGUUUAGUAGAAAAGCUUGAAAGGUUGGAAAAUAUUGCUGAUGGAUUGUAUAGUAUUCAUGAUCAAAACUUGGUUCAUCGAGAUUUUCAUAGUGGAAACAUAUUGAAUGAUGAUAAAGGUCAUAGUUACAUUACUGACCUUGGUCUCAGUCGACCUGCUAGUUAUCAAGAAGAAGAAAGUAAAAUAUUCGGAGUAUUGCCUUAUGUAGCUCCCGAAGUAUUAAGAGGUAAACCUUACACAAAAGCCAGUGAUAUUUAUUCCUUUGGAAUGGUGGCUUAUGAAAUAAUGACUGAAUUACCUCCUUAUUGCUAUAAAAAAGAAAAUGAAAAAAAAUACUAUGAAAGAACUUACGAUAAAAAUCUUGCCUUGGAAAUAUGUAAUGGAUUACGACCCCGAUUUAAAAUUAAAGUUCCUAAACUAUUAGAAGACUUAAUUAAGAAAUUUAAAGAGUCUAACAGAUUCAACCUAACCUUACCAGAAUAUAUAAGAUUUCCUAAAUAUGAAAUUCAUCAAGAAGCAAUUCACCAUAGCCAACUCAUCAACACCCAACAAAUUGCGCAAUUAUUCCAAGAAGCUAAGCAACAAGCCUUAGCACAAGAACUAAAACAUAUCGAAGCAUUAAUAGAUCAACCACUUACUGAUGAACAAAAAGAACUAGUAAAUUUGGAAGAUCAAUUAAAAGGCCAAGGACUUGCUAAUGAAAACAUUGAAAAGAUCCUCAAGUAUUGUGAGAGGUUUGUUAAAGCAGAAAAAGAAUUAGAAACUUCUUCAGCAAAUGUUCAUCCAGAAAGCCAACCGCAACAAGAUCAUUUGGAUCAAAAACAAGAAGUAGCGAUAGAAAUUCCUACUAAGAAAUAG